AGUUCUUCUUUCGUGUUCUUUUCCCCGCACGUUGAGAGCCAGAGAGGGUGGGAGAGACGCGUUGGUGCAGGCGUACCUCACUGGGCUUUACUUGAGUAGGAGCCGUACGGCUUGUUCUUUUGUUUUUCGCACUUCUCUCGUGCCUUUUCACAAUCCUUUGACUGUCGCUUAGAGCGGGAAAACGGUGCCGCUACAACUGCAGCGGUCCGGUCGCUCCACACUGACAGCGAUCAAAUAUAGCUCCUCCGUAAAAAGGAGAAAGAAACAAACGCGCACUCUCCCGCUGCUUCUUCAUCAGUAACUGUAUAUAGUUGUCCUCCUCUUCCUUCCUGUUUCUGCGCCGCGCAACACACGCCGUGACCUUCUGUCGAGGAAACACACCCCAUCUCUCCCGGGCCUUUCCAAUACAAGUAUAAUAAGAGCAGUCGUACUCCAACUCCCAUGCCGGUCACCGGGGCACCAAAGGCGGGUGGCUCAGUGCCGUCCCUUUCUCCCAAGAAAGGAACCGCCCGCCCACCCCAUCCCACGAAGCCCGGUCCUUCCUCGAUGGCCACGGGCCACAGCGGCACCCCAACGAAUGCCACGGCAAAAGGGAGUCGGCGUGCGCAGGGGUGGCACUCCGCCGUCGGCGGGGGAUCAACGGCCAGCCUCGGCGUCACUGGAGAAUUGCAGCCGACGUUGGACAGCAAAGACUCAAUGCACAGCCGCGCCAACGGAGGGGUGCCGCGCCGCUCAUCGGUGCAGUUCAGCGCAGACGCCCUCGACAACACAUCGAAGCCGCGGCCGUCGGCCCCGAACAAGGACGACGCCGCGUUUCGGCAGAGCAUGGCGGACUUCUUGACGGUGAUGUACGGCGAUCGGACGAGCGGUAGCAGCACCAGCGCAGCGGGAGGUGGAGGGGACAGUGGCGGUACGUCGGUGGCCUCAAAAGGGAAAGGGGAAGGUGCCGGUAAUAGCGGCGCGGACAAGGGCGACACCUCCAAGGCACAGCGCAGCGGCUCCCCGAACCUGCCGCUCCCCGGGGCAAAGGGGCCGCUCGUCAAGGGCCUCACCGCCAACGGCAGCCGCCAGACCACCGGCGAUCGCAUCGACACGUUAGUUGACACCCUCGUGCGGGCGUACAGCCGGCAGGCCACCUCCUCCCGCGGCGACUUCCACGGCACCACCGGUGGGCCGGACGACGACAACCCGAUUUCGUACAAUCGUCCGCGUCCCCAAAACUAUCGCCGUGCCGUCGCGUCGUCGCGGCAGGGACAGGGCGGCGGCCGCAGCGGCAUCGACGCCGACGAGGUCUCCCUCUUUGUGUCGCAGGCGAUGGAUAGCUUUAUCGGCCCGGGGGGCCUCCGGCAGCACGGACUGCCCUCCACCCGCUCCGUCCUCUCCUCCCUUGGCGUGGACAAGAACGUCUUCGGACUCAUUUCUUUUCAGACGCGCAGCAACAUGCAGGACGUCGACGCGGUGGAGGACGAGUCGGACACGAAGCUGGAGCCGAUGUACGUCGGGGAGCAGGCGAUGUUCAAGUCGGUCGGCACCAGACCCAACGUGAAUGACAUCUCCAUCAGCAAGUCCAUGCGCGGCGUCAUGCCGGCACCCGCCGAGCUCACGGCGGAACUCGCGAAGGAGAGCGGCAGCGGCAACAGCGUUGUCUCGCAAUGUCGCGUGAGCAGCGCCGCGAGGACCCGCCGCUUUAGCGGAGGCCCUCCCCAGGGCCGCUUGAACAACAGCAACAUGAGCCUCGAUAGCGGGGCCGCUGGUGGCGGUGGCUCAGGGAAGCUGGACGGCAGCGGAACUCGGCAAGACGGCGAAGGCGGUAGGCAAAUAAGCCCUCGCCGACGAAGUGCGGGCGGCGGUGCGCACCCGCGUGUGUCGCUGUGCAUGUCACUAGACUCGAAAGCGCUCGGCAACGGCGCUGCCAACGACGACGACGACAACUGGGGGAACGACACUACGGCGUUGCCGACGGUCCUGGCCCCGGUGGUCGUCUCCUCGGCCCGCUCGCUCCUCGACUUCUCCAAGACGCGGCACAGCGCAGCCACCGAGGCGGCGCUGAGCGAGUUGAUGGAGGAGGAGCAGCUGAAGCGUGGCGUGGUGAUGGCGGUGGAGCGGCAGCUGCGAGGCUACGUCGUCUCCCUCGAAGCGGAGGAGGGGACGAAGAAGAAGGGUGCGCGGGGCAGCGCGGUGAGCAGCAGACGGUGCACGACGGAGUCGGCGCCCUCGAUGGCCAGCACCGUCGCAUCUGGCUCUGUGGGGGCCCGUGCUCCGCGAAACUCGUCCACGUCGCGACGACCCUCAGCAGACGGGAAUGGCAGCGGCAGCGGUGGCGAUCACAAUCCGGUGAACACGGCUGCGACACCGCCGAUGAAGAACACGGUGGAGUUCUUUGAGAAGCAAUCGAAGCAACCACCGCCCCAUGAAACGAUGAAGCGGCUCGCAAAGUAG